UAUAGGCUACUACACCUGUGCAUCAGUACAAGAAGAAUGUGGACCUACGAAGUGUCUGUUACCACAGGCAGCCAGCUCUUUUCUGGAUCAAUGAACUACAUUUACCUGACACUGGUUGGCAAGGAUGGAUCCAGUGACAGAACUCUGCUGAAUAAAUCCUUUUUUGAUUAUUUCGUAAGAGGCACGGUGAACACGUUCAACGUCAUUGUAAAGGAGAACCUUGGAGACAUUGUGCUGGUGAAACUUGAGAAGGAGAGAUACUGCAUCAAUGACCAGUGGUAUUGUAAACAUAUCACAGUGAUGACACCAUCUGGAAACUGCUUUCAGUUUCCCUGUUAUCGCUGGUUAGUAGAUCAAAAGGAAGUGGUUCUCAGGGAAGGCACAGCUCGAUUGCCUCAGGAUGAUGAAAAUGAAUUGACAAAAGAGCACCGGCGUGCUGAACUGGAAUGGCGACAAAAAAUAUUCAGAUGGUGUAAGUGGUGCCCUGGCUACCCCAUGAGUAUAGAUGACAACUACAAAAAUCUUCCACAAGAUGUGAAGUUUGAAACAGAUAAAACUUUUGACUUUGGUCUGAAAGUCAUCAGAGCGAAAUUGAAUGCAUAUAUUAACCAAAUGGUGGAAAAGUUCCAAAGCCCUUGGGAAGGAAUUGCAGAUUUAAAAAAGAUUAAUGUGAUUAUCAAGAACGCUGUGCCAGAGUAUCUGAUGGACAACUGGAAUGAGGACUUCCUGUUUGGAUAUCAGUUCUUAAAUGGCUGCAAUCCUGUCAUGAUCAAGAAAUGUGAGAAACUUCCAGCAGAAAAGUUUCCAGUCACAGAGGAGAUGGUGAAGGGCUUCCUAAAGAGAGGUCUCACUCUACAUGAGGAAUUAGAGGCAGGAAAUAUUUACAUCGCAGACUAUGAAAUACUGGACGGAGUGCCAGCCAAUACCACAGACCCAAACACCCCGCAGUAUUUGGCUGCACCCAUCUGCCUCCUGUACAAGAACACACAGAAUCAAAUUGUGCCGAUUGCCAUUCAGCUCUGUCAAAAACCAGGAGAGGGAAACCCAAUUUUUCUCCCGAGUGAUAAUCAAUACGAUUGGAUGCUUGCCAAGAUGUGGGUCAGAUCCUGCAACUUUAAUGUUCAUCAGGGGCUCACACACCUUCUCAAGACACAUCUGAUUGCUGAGGUUUUUACCAUAGCCAUGUACAGACACCUCCCUGCAGUCCAUCCUGUAUACAAGUUACUGAUCCCUCACAUUCGAUACACCAUUGCCAUCAACACAGAAGCCCGUGAAAAUCUCAUCUCUGCAGGAGGGGUCUUCGACAAGGGUAAUAGCAUAAGUGGGUCUACACUUGGGGAUGUGGUCAAAAAGGUCAUGAAGACUUUCACCUACAAGUCUCUGUGUUUUCCUGAGGCCAUAAAAGAUCGAGGAAUGGAUAGCAAGACAGAUGUGCCCAACUACUACUAUAGAGACGAUGGCAUGAUGGUCUGGGAAGCAGUGAAAAGGUUUGUUUCUGAUGUGGUGAAGAUCUACUACAAGAGUGAUAAGACAGUUCAGAGUGAUGAGGAGAUUCAGAACUUUGUUAAGGAUGUUUGCUUUGGCAUGAAUUAUCAUUGUGAUUUUCCAAAAUCCCUCAAAACUCAAAAGGAUUUAAUUGAGUACCUGACUGUUGUGAUCUUCACAGUCUCAGCACAACAUGCUGCAGUCAACUUUGGACAGUACGACUGGUAUGGAUGGGUCCCCAAUGGCCCCUCCACCAUGCGGAAACCCCCUCCCUCAAAGAAGGACCAAGUCGACAUGAAGUAUAUCAUGGAGAGUCUGCCUGACCGUGAUCGUGCCUGCAAGGUUCUAGGAACAGCUUGGGCCCUGAGUCAGUUCCAGGAGAAUGAGCUGUUUUUAGGGACAUAUCCAGACAAGUACUUCACUGAGCAAUCAGUCCUAAAUGCCAUGAACACGUUCCGCAAGGAGCUAGCAAAAGUGACCAACACCAUCAAGGAACGAAAUGAGAAGUUACCUUUGCCCUAUUGGUAUCUGUCCCCAGACAAAAUCCCCAACAGUAUUGCAAUCUGAGAAAACAUCUGUGAAAUAAUUUCCCAACCACUUACUGAAGUGUCAGCAAGUGUGAACUUGACAUAUAAAGAAAUUAUUCACUUAAAAAGGUCUUACUUUUAUGGAAGAAUAGUGACCAUGUAUGAUGUUGUUUCUGCAUUUUUUUCUCCAGAUAAUUUUUCUCUAAUAUUUCCUCAUGAUAGGAUAAAGUUGCUUGUACAACAUUUAUUUUUGUUCAUGAUCCUUGCCUCAUUGUCAUCUUAUACAUGUUGCUGUCUUUACUGUGUUACAGUGUAGGGUGAUGAGCCAUAUACAUAAUAUAUACUAUAAUAUUCUCUGUUCAACUCAAACUAUUAUUCUUAUUUAUUCUGAACUGUCAUAUUUUAAAAUGCUGUAAAUCACUUGUCUGUUAACAAUCACAUUUGUUUUAAGUGAGAAUGCAGGAGAAUGGCAGGGCUUUAGUGUUUGUCCUUACCAAAUUGAACAAUAUGAAAAUGUUUUAGUACUUGUCCAGUUUUUAUUAUGAAACUGGCUAGCCUAAUUAAUCACUUAUUCAAUGGAGUUCAGUUUCUUUAGCUUUGAAAUCCACAAUCACAAAUUAAAUACAUCCUUUCUGUGCACAUGCAA